AUGUCAGCCCUCCUCCCAGCGAGAACCUGCCUCCGCGCGGCGACAACCACCACUACCACCACCGGCACAUUCACCCUCCCCAUCCGCUCCUUCUCCACCACCCCCUCCCAACUCUACAACCAAAACAGACCUUCCGGCGGCCCCAUCCCCUCGCCCACUGGCCAAGCCCCCCAUAUCCCCCCCUACCCUCUCGGACCCCGCCUCUACUACAAGCAGUCCAACACCGGCCUCUACGGCCACGCCACCAUCCGCUACGGCAACAACGUCUCCGAGAAGAACGAGAUCAAGACCCGCCGAACAUGGCGCCCCAACGUCCACCGCAAGCGCCUCUUUUCCCUCUCCCUCCGCACCUGGGUCCAGACGAGGCUGACCACCCGGGUCCUCCGGACCAUUGACAAGGUCGGCGGGCUGGAUGAGUACCUCUUGGGGAUCAAGUCCAACAGAAUCAAGGAGCUGGGUCCGUGGGGCUGGAGGUUACGCUGGAGAAUCAUGCAGACCAGGGCUGUCAAGCAGAGGUUCGCCGCCGAGAGGAAACAGUUGGGGUUGGUGGACGGGGUGUUGGAGAAGCAGGUGAGGGAGGAGAACAAGAGGUACAAAAUGGAGCAGAAGCAGAUUCAGUUUUAUACCAAGAAGAAGCUGGGUUUGAUGGGGUCGGAAGCGUCGACUGGGCAGCAUGUGCUUCCGGAUGGGAGGGUGGUGGAUGAGGCGGGCAGGGAGGCGUAUAUCAAGGAGACGGAUGCCAUAUUGGCGGAGACAGGUAGUGAGCAGAUUCUCGAACUGGGCGAGGUCGAGGUGGCCAAGGAUGAGGGCUUCAUGAAGGAGAAGCCUGCACCGAAGAAGGCCCCUAAGAAGGCGAAGGUGUAG